AUGGAUAGAUCUCGUUUACGUCCGCCGUAUGGACUGGAAUACUCUCGCUCUUAUGGCCCUCACGUUAAGCCAUAUUUAUUUCAUCCCACUAUACGUCCUUUCAUGCCUUUGGCUCCCCGAGGUAAUUGGGCCCCUCGUGGUCACUUAAGACAUCGUAGCAACCCUCAUAAUUGGCCUUCUCGGCCUGCUCGCGCUCAUCCGCCUCGUCACCGAAUUUCCAACCAAUCACGAGCGUCGCCGUAUCGGUCUACAAGAUUUACCACCAAUCGGUGUCAAGAACCCGCAGCAAAAAAGCCUCGCUUGGAUCCGACUGAUCCGCUUAACCUCCACGGUCUAAUAAAGGAGGCAGAUCGCAGGAGAAGUCAGGGCCUAUCUCCUUUACACGGUGAUUCCCGCCUUAAUACACCGAUUCUGAAUUCUAGUGGAGAUACUGAAACUCCGGGUCAGAACGUCGUUGAGUCUCUAAACACCGAUAAUCUGCGAAAUCGACCUCAUCGUAAUAACAAACGUGGUCGUUUCUAUUCUGGUGGACCUAGGGGUUAUCGGCGACACAGUAAUCGCUUGCCAGUGACUGGUAACUAUCGCAAUUACUAUGCUAGACGUGAUCCCGAUAGUAGGAUGGAAAUAUUACUUUUUCCCUGGUUUGAUCGUAAUGUGGUUGCGGAUUAUGGUUGUCAUAACGGCACAUUUACUUUCAAGAUGCUUGAAAAGUUCCCUUGUGUCAGUCGGAUUGAUGCUUUUGACUGUGAUGCUGAGCUAAUUGAAAAUGCUAGAAGUAUGCAAAAGGAGAAGAUGCGUUGGAAGAAUAAGGGCGAUAUAUCUUAUGAGAAGAUAAAUUUUCAGGUGGCUGAUUGGUGUGAAUCAAUGACAUCUGAUGAUGAUCCUACUUACAAUACUAUCUUAGCAUUCAGUGUUACAAAGUGGAUCCACUUGAACUACGGGGAUGAUGGAAUACAUCGGUUUUUCCGACGAGUUUUCAAUCUAUUGAAACCAGGUGGCCGUUUAAUCUUAGAACCCCAACCUAAGUCCUCAUAUCGCAGGACUCGAUUUACGGCUAAACAAAGGGAUAAUUACAUAUCAAUGAAGCUCGAUCCCUCGCAUUUUCGUGAUGUAUUGCUUGCAGUAGGGUUUUCUUACUUUGAGGAUCUCAAAAUUCCUCAGCCUGGCGAAAGUUUUCAGAGAGUAAUUAUGAUGUGUUGUAAAUCCGCUGGGGAUACCCCUUUCAAUAUCCGAAAUGAUUAUCGAGAAGCAGCUCGUCUUCGUCUGAUUCCUUCUCCGCCUGUAGAGACCUUAGCUUCUCCUACAAUCCGACCUCCCCCUGUAAGAUAUAACCCCUACAGCACACCUUUUUCCCCUUUCUUUUCUCCUCUAGGGUCUCCGGUUUCCUUUCAUGAAAUCCCUAAUACUGUAGAUGAAGAGGUGGAAGAAGUUUAUGUACAGCAAAGCCAUGAACUCAUUACGAGCACUGUCCCCACCUCAACGGAUUUGGUCUCGUUGAGUCCUCCAGGGGAAGCAACUCCUUUGAUUGCGCCGGAGUCAAGUUAUGCCAGUGGCGGUGUAGAUAGUCCUAGUCCAGAUUCAACUUAUCAACACUAA